GUUUCCUUCCCCCCCCCCCCCAUCACUCCCCAAUGAAGCUGCGUUCGGUGCUGGUGGCUGCGCUCGUCGUCGCUGCGUUCGCCAUGUGCGCGGCAGAAACAGUCAGCAAGCCACGACCGCAACCUAUGCGGAAGGCGCCACCCAAGCCUGACGCUGCUGCGCCAGCCAACCCGGCCGACUUGCUGCCUGAGGGUGGCUUGGGCAAGAUCAACGAGCUGCAGCAAACCCUCGACAAGGCGCGCAAGCUCUCACGUCGUCAGACGCUCGAUGCCAUACGCAGCAAACUCAAGGACGGCAACGCAGACGCCGCGAAAGACGACCCAGACGCGCCAAAGCUCACCGACAAGCAGGAGCAGGAGCUGGAGGAGAUCCGAAAGACCAUUGAUGUCGAACGCCAUAGUGUGUUUGUCAAAAAAGUCCCAAAGAGUCUAACUCUCCCGGAGCUUGCAGAUCAGAUCUUCCAACACGGCAUCUCGGAAGUGUCGAUGAAUGUGGAAGGAAAGUCGUAUGCUCUUGAGGAUGUGCUGACUCAGGCACAAUUCGGUCGGCUGAUGAUGCUCCAAGAAGACCGGCUGAAAGUCGUUCAGCAAGAGGGUGGGCAGGAAGAGCACGGCACCGUUGACGUUUCCAAGCUUGCGACGGAAAAUCCCAAACUGCAUGCCCUCAAGACCCUAUCUGAGCAAAUCUGGCAGCUGAUUGUGCGUGCCGAGCAAGGCAAGGGCAAACUCGAAGGCUUUGUCCAUAACAUGCAAGGACAGCGCGAGACCGAGUUUGACAUCAACCUGACCUUGAGCGUUCGCAAUGGUGUUCACCCGUUGCGCUACGAAGUUAUUGCGCGAGAGAGCCCGUCCGAACAGGUCGUUCGUCUGGCUGACGCGUGGCUCCUCGAUAAGCAGGACAAGCGUGUCAAGCAUUUGGACUUUUCCAAGCUCAAGCACGAAGAGCUGUAACACGAUUGACCUUGCCCUGAUGCUUCAUCUUUCCUUGCACUGCUCCGACAAUCAAAACAACCAACCCGCUUCAAUGUUUCUUCUCGUCAACGACAGACCGUCCUGAUUGGAACGCUUUCUUCGUGGGAGCUUCGUCACCUACUUGUGGGCGUCGGCGCUGUCUUCUUGCUGGUGGGCAGUAUCGCCUUCUGCUGCACGGGUCGAAACGACCCUGUGCUGCCCCACAAGAAAUCGAAAACGAAAAGCAGCUGAAAACCCCCAAUCCCGCCAAAGUGCCAAGAGCAGCGACAAACCACAAACCCGAGCAGUGUGCGUGUGUGUGUGUGUGUGGUAUUGCGUUUUGCACAACGUGCUGCCUGUAUUUAGAGUACACGAUUCUUUUUCAGAUAAAC